AUGUCAGAGGUAUUAUUCUACAAGUUCCCGGUGACUCCACAGGUGUUUUUCCGCUCGCGCUUCACGUAUGGCCUCGUCAACCUCAAGCCGCUUGUUCCAGGUCAUAUCUUGGUUGUCCCACUAAGAACCUCGGUUCUUCGUUUUGGUGACUUAAACCCCAUAGAAGCGCAAGAUUACAUGGAGAGCUUACAAUUGAUUCAAGGAUUCAUCACUAAAGUUUACAAAGCAGACUCUUUGAAUCUUGCCAUUCAAGACGGUCCUGAAUCCGGCCAAUCGGUUCCCCAUUUGCACACACACAUCAUUCCUCGAUAUGUGAACGACAAACACGAUGACAGCAUACAUCGACAACUAGAACGGACUGAUUUGGCGAAAUCCUACGAGGAAUUUUUCGCCCGGAAGGCCAAUUUCCAAAAGCUGCCUGGCUUCAUUUCAAUUCCUGACGAGGAGAGACAUCCACGCACGACGGAAGAUAUGGCUGUCGAAGCGCAAUGGUUGCAAGAGGAGCUAGAAAAAUACGUUCAGGAGAAGAAAUCCCAAUAG